AAGUUCCGCGCGCGCUUCCCCGACCUGCCCUUCAUCGCGCUGGAGGACCGGCGCGGCUUCUGGGUGUCGGAGCAAUACGGCCUCCUGCGGCCGGGAUUGAGCGAGAAGGCCAUCAGCAUCUGGGAGACGAAGAAUUUCUUCUUUGAACUUGAGCCUCUGCCAGGGGCCGUGCAAGCUGUGAAGCAGAUGGCCAGCCUACAAAACACCGAUGUCUUCAUCUGCACAAGCCCCAUCAAGAUGUUCAAGUACUGUCCUUACGAGAAGUAUGCCUGGGUCGAGAAGCACUUCGGUCCCGACUUCCUGGAGCAGAUCGUGCUGACCAGGGACAAGACUGUGGUCUCCGCUGACAUCCUCAUAGACGACCGGCCGGACAUCACGGGGGCGGAGCCACACCCCACCUGGGAGCACGUUCUCUUCACGUCCUGCCACAACCAGCAUCUGCAGCUGCAGCCCCCCCACCGCAGGCUGCUCUCGUGGGCAGACGACUGGAAGGCCAUUCUGGACAGCAAGCGGCCCCACUGAGCUGGACUACGCUUCGGGCUCCUCCACGGGGCCCUGAUCUCAGGGCUCCCAGCUCGGGGCCAGUGGGACCAUGGGGACAGCGCUGUGCUGGGCCCCCCCAGAUGUCUGGAUCACGAUGACCCCCUGCUGCGUGGCCCUUCCCUUCCCGCCCUGCCAGGCCUUAACCUGAUCUUGGGGCAGGGCUGGGCGCCCUGGAGCCUGGGACAAGGCAGUGUGGGCUGACUCGGGCACUGGCCCUUAGCUGCCAGGUGAGGAGUCCAAGCCACUCUUCAGAGGCCCUCUGUGCCCUCUUGGUAAGUCCCCUGAGGCGUCAGGGGUACACUGGUUCCAGGGUCACAGCCCAUCAGCAAAGAGUGCCAGGAGCGUGACCGCCAAGGUGCUUCCGGUGGGCAUGAGCCCCUCACCACCUCAGCUGUGGCACCCCGCGUCCCACCUGGCCUCUCCAAGUGACCCCACGUGUAUUUAGAGAAUCCUCAGGGGGUUCCAGGGGCCACCAGGCUCCGUCCUAGGAGACAGCUCUGGCCCUGCCUGUGACCAGCUCCGAAGUGUCUCCCUCCCCUGUCCCCGGGCCCACUCCGCCCAGGAGAGUCAGUAGGCUUGAAUGUUUGCGGAACAAACGAGAAAUAAAUGCUGUUCACAUAGGGCCUGA